AUGGCAGGUACUUGGGAAGAAGAGCGGGCGGAGGAUACUGACAAGGAAGGACUGCAGGAAGGACUGCAGGAAGGACUGCAGGAAGGACUACAAGGAGGCGAAUUUGUUGAAAACGACGAAACUCGCUGGGGAACGAAUGAUCAAGAUGGCGAAUACGGCCAGCAAGGAAACACCUCGAACGCAUGCUUCAACUGUGGUGAAGAAGGGCACACAAAGGCCGAAUGCACCGAGCCCCGAAAGUUCACCGGUGCUUGCUUCAACUGCGGAGAGGAGGGGCACUCCAAGUCUGAGUGCACCAAUCCCCGUGUGUUCAAAGGCGAGUGCCGCCUCUGCAACAAGGAGGGCCACCCCGCUGCAGAAUGUCCUGAGCGACCUGUCGAUAUUUGCCGCAACUGCUUAGGCGAAGGUCACGUCGCCAAAGACUGCAAGAAGCCUCGCUUCUUUGAUUUGAACAACGUGGCGGAUAGAACUCCCGGUGAAGCAUGGGACAUGAUGAAAGCAGCAGGAACAGACUUGACCGAGUUCCGUUCGGCCCUCAAGGUCUACUCCAAAGCCGUGCCCAAGGCUACAUACGCAGAUAUUGAAAAGAAGAUGCGCGAAGACAAUUUCCCUCUUUACAUCAUUGGAGUUAAAAAAGAGAUUGAGAAUGUCCACGUUCUGAUCGACCUGCAGGGCAACCUUGACAAGGAAUACACCGUCUCUUUCUUCCGCGGCCCCAAGCCUCCGCGGCUCUCUUUGAAAGAUCGAUGGCCUGAUACACCCGAGGAUAAUCUUGAGCGUUUAGAAAAUGCGGGAGAAACUUAUGAUCGCAUGAUCGUGCGGUGCCGCAGAUGCAACGAGCUUGGCCACACUGCCAAGACUUGCAAGGAAGAGCGCGUUGAUGGACAGCGUGCUGAGAUCAAAUGCUCCAACUGUGAUGGUCUCGGCCAUCGUGUGCGUGACUGCCCAGAGCCACGUCGCGUCAAGGGUGGAUGUCGCAACUGCGGCUCCGACGAGCACCAUGCAAAGGACUGCCCGGAGCCCCGUGCUGCCCCCCCGGACACUGAAUGCCGCCGAUGCAACGAGCUUGGCCACUUCGCUAAGGACUGCCCCAAGUAUGCUGAUGCAGGUCCUCGCACUUGCCGCAACUGCGGCUCCGAGGAUCACAUCGCUCGUGAUUGUGAUCAACCUCGUGAUCCAAAGACUAUGACAUGUCGUAACUGUGACGAGAAGGGUCAUGCCGCCCGAGACUGUCCCUUGCCCAAGGACUGGUCCAAGGUUACUUGCAACCGCUGUGGAGAAAAUGGCCACACCGUCAAGCGCUGCCCCCAACCUGAACCUGAAGAGUCCGGCGGUGGUUACUUCGGUGGUGGUGGCUUUGACGAUAGCCGUGGUAGCUUCGGCUCCCACGAAGAUGAGGCCCCUGCGGCUGCGGGUGGCUUUAUGGACGAGCCAGAUCUGAACGACCAGGCAUGGUAG